ACAAAUCAGGAAAGGUUGAUAGAGAGAGAUGCGGAAAGGAGGGGAAAUGAGAGAGGAAGAUAACGAAGGAGUAGUCAUGGCGAAUGACUUUUUCUGGUCAUAUACAGAUGAGCCUCAUGCUUCGAGGAGACGUCAGAUCCUCUCUCAAUACCCUCAAAUUAAAGAGCUCUUUGGCCCUGAUCCUUUUGCUUUCUUUAAGAUUGCUGUGGUGGUUUCACUUCAGCUAUGUACCGCAAUUAUUCUCCAUGAUGCUGGCUGGCUAAAAAUGUUGGCAAUUGCCUAUUUCUUCGGUUCUUUCCUCAACCACAACCUCUUCUUGGCCAUCCAUGAGCUCAGCCACAAUCUUGCCUUCUCCACCCCCGUAUAUAACCGUUGGCUCGGGAUAUUUGCUAACCUCCCCAUUGGUGUGCCGAUGUCUAUUACUUUCCAAAAGUAUCACCUUGAGCAUCAUCGUUUUCAAGGGGUAGAUGGCAUCGACAUGGAUGUCCCAAGCUGCACCGAAGCCCAAUUCGUGACUAGUACUCUCUCGAAAGCCAUAUGGGUCAUCUUCCAACUCUUCUUCUACGCGCUCCGCCCUCUCUUUCUCAAACCAAAACCCCCUGGUUAUUGGGAGUUCAUCAACUUAGCUAUUCAGGUUGCUCUGGAUGGGAUCUUACUUUACUUUUGGGGUUGGAAAUCUUUUGCUUAUUUGAUCCUUUCAACGUUCGUUGGUGGUGGAAUGCAUCCGAUGGCCGGUCAUUUCAUCUCCGAGCAUUAUGUAUUCAAUCCUGAGCAAGAGACGUAUUCUUACUAUGGUCCGCUCAAUCUUAUGACAUGGUGUGUUGGGUAUCACAAUGAACACCAUGAUUUCCCAAGGAUCCCUGGGAACAAACUGCACAAGGUGAAGGAGAUUGCUCCCGAAUAUUACGAAGGCUUGGAUUCGUAUAAAUCAUGGAGCCAGGUUAUUUACAUGUAUAUAAUGGAUCGGAGCAUCGGCCCUUUUAGCCGAAUGAAGAGGAAGCUCUCGAAAAAAUCCGCAUAGGCAUUUCCCAUUUUGCAAUCUAUUUUGUUGUUCACCCUUCUUGGUUAAAUUAUGGAGUAUUCUUUGUAACAUUCUUGAGCAAUCAAAGUUCUUUUACGUA